AUGGCUAAGUCUGGUCACAAAGUUACGGCCAAGGAGGUUGCUCCAAAAAUUUCCUACAGAAAGGGUGCUCUUUCCAAGAGAACCGCCUUCGUGAGAUCGCUCGUGAGAGAAGUCGCUGGUCUUGCCCCAUACGAGAGAAGAGUCAUCGAACUUAUCAGAAACGCUGGUGAGAAGAGAGCUAAGAAGCUCGCCAAGAAGAGACUCGGUACCCAAAAGAGAGCCAAGGCUAAGGUCGAGGAGAUGACCCAAAUCAUUGCUGAAUCUAGAAGACACUAA